AUGACGACUGGAGAAUACCAUCUACUUGAGAUGAUACGAUUUUACGAAACACAAGCUAGAGAGGGGGCCACAGUAGACUUUCUCAAAGAUGAGAUGGCUCUUGCAAUUCGAGGUCUACACCGUCGAGUAGCGGAAGUCUCACCAAAUUUAACUUCGGAGUCCGGUAAAAUGCUGCUACUUGACACCGAGAGUCUGAUUCGCGACAAUCAGCUGGAUAUCACUCGGAGGCUUUCCAUUCUAGUCGCAUCUCAAGAGCGAUUCCAGGGCAUAGAAAAUAUGAUGCAGCAAGUGGAUGAAUCUGGUCAAGAUUUUACCGUCGACUUUACCGAUGACUUAGCCUCUGGAUUGGAUGUCAUGAGAGAUCUCAAAUCUACCUCUAAUCCAGGCAAGGUGACUAGCCUGGCAAGAAGUAUACUCAGGUACUGCGAGGAAAUAGACAAGCAAUUCGUGGAGGCCUUUGGAGCUCAAUAUUCGUCGUAG